AUAUUAGUGCUGUCAAAGUUAACGCGAUAAUAACGCGUUAACGCGAUAUCAAUUUAACGCGAUUAAAAAAAAAUAGUGCCGUUAACGCAAAUUCUAAUUUGGCCCUGCGAGUCACCCGUAGUUCCUGCUGAGGCUUGUCGCGCGCUGCGUUUAACUGUACCGUCUGUUUACCGUCCAAACGAGAUCACAUGGGAUUACCUUUCACAGGUGAGACUGGAAAAAUACUUUUCAGUACUUUUCCUUCAGUCUUCAGUUUCCCAGCUCAUCUCCACCGGGGAGGUGUAGAGUUAUAAGCAGUGAGCAUUAGAUAAUACAGUGCCACACUAUGAUGAACGUUUUUGAACGUAUGAUGAAUGUUUUUAUUUUUGUUAUGUUUUUUUUCUUCUUUUAUGGCAAAUACUUCUCUUCAAAAGAAACUAAUGAAGAGUAAAAUAAAACAUUUUUUUAAUUUUCACAGUGAUAUGCACUUUAUUUUUCAUCCCUUGGUUUUCUCAUCUAAUAUGGAAGUUAUGGAUGUCAGUGGCUGUGACAAGACGUGUUAUGCUCUGCAAUAAAAAAACCAACAACAUUGGUACAAAGCAAGCCCAUUCACUUUUUUAUGCUGAUAAGAGAAUUACAAUAGUUUUUCAUGUGACAAAAAUGUGCGAUUAAAUUGCGAUUAAUCUCGAGUUAACUAUGACAGUCGCGACAUUAAUCACGAUUAAAUAUAUAUAUAUAUCACCCCCAAACUGGGAGAGUGGCUCCAGCAAAUCCCAGGAACAACAUCUGAAGCCUCAGUCCAGAAGAGUGCAGUACUAGGAACAUCGAAGAUACUGCGCAGAACCCUCAAACUCCCAGGCCUCUGGUAGAGGACUCGAGCUUGAGGAUGACAUGGAUACCACCCCACCCCCCGCCGGGGGUGAGAAGGAGAUUUUUUUUUUUUUAAUAUGUAAAAUACUUUUAUUUAGAAUCAUUUUGUACAACAGACACACCGGUUUAUUUACAAAAUACAUUAAAAAAAUGAUUCGGGUCGAGACCAAGAUUUUAAAAAAUCUGUCAGUCUCAAAUUAAGCAAAAUAAACAAAAACCAAAUACACAAAAACGGAACCGGUCUCGACCCACCCAUCCCCCACCCUCCCCAACAAAUGCAGACAGACACACCCAAACAGCAAACAAGAAGUAAAUGAACAGAAGAGAAUUAAAAAGGAAAAGAAAGUUAAAAAAAAGACAAAAUAAAUAAAAAGAAAAUAAUUUGAACAUCAGAAUCCCCCCCUCCCCAGUAUCAAACAAGGAUUUUGGUUAUUACUACGCGAACGGUCGGAGCAGGUUAAAAUUCUUUAAAUUGUUGCAAAAGCUUUAAUUUUAAUAUUUCGCGAUAAGGUAUUUCUUAAGUCUUGAAUCACAACACCGGACAGUAUCGGAAGUUUUAAUGUGUUCUGGCAGGGCAGACCAAGCUAUAGGCGCUCUGUAAAUAAAGCUGCGCAAUACGAUGUCUUUACGCACUCGAGAUAAAUGUAUGGCAUUUCGAUUGCGGGUUGAAUAGGAGUGAAAGUCAUGAUUUGAGCGGAAUAUUUUCUGAAGUGAUUCUGGCAGACCGUUUUUGAUGUGAUCAUAGACAAGUCUACAGAGUUGAACAGUGAAUAGAUCAUCCACUGUCAGGAUUUUUAGGCGACUAAAGAUAGGCGCCGAACUGUCGUUAAACUUAGAUUUUGAAAUUAUUCGCACCGCUUUUUUCUGGAGAGUUCGAAGCCUUCUAAUAUGUUUGUCAGCAGCAGAGCCCCAAGUGAUGACACCAUACGUGAGGGGUGGAUCAGGGAGUAGUAUAGUUGCUUGAGAUGGAAGCAAGACAAGUAAUUUUUUGAUGCAGCCAAAGCAUGAAUGCCACUUGAAAUUUUCUUUUGACAAUAUUCAACAUGCGCUUUCCAACUCAUUUUGUCAUCGAUGUGGACUCCAAGAAAUUUCACAUUUUCGACUCUAUUCAGUAUCUCGUUUCCCAUUGUCAGCUGGAAAUUAGAUAGAUUCCCCUCCCUUUUAGUUGUCAGUACCAUGUAGGUGGUUUUGCUUGCGUUCAGCGAUAAUUUGUUGGCUUUAAACCACUCGCAUAAAUUUUUGAGUUCAUCAUUCACGCAUUGAAAAAGGACAGGGAGAUUCGAUGACGAUUUGUAUAUUGUCGUAUCAUCAGCAUAGAGAAUACAUUUCAUUUUUCACAAACUUUUCGGUAGAUCAUUGAUGUAAAUAAUAAAAAGCAACGGACCAAGCACUGAUCCCUGUGGCACACCACACGUGAUCGGGAGCCUGAAGGAAUUGCAAUUCUUGUAGCAUACAAACUGCUCACGUUGGCUUAGGUAGCUUUCGAACCACUUCAAGGCAAUUCCCCUAAUCCCAUAAUACUCUAAUUUCCGCAUCAAAAUCCUGUGAUCGAUCGUGUCAAAUGCUUUUGACAAGUCAAGAAAGACCGAAAGACAAUAUUCGUCUUUUUCAAACGCAUUAAGUGUAUCGAACGCAAAUUCGGUUACGGCAUGAGCAGUCGAGUGUUUGGGUCUGAAACCAUAUUGACUGGAGGUCAGUAUGUUGCUUUUUCUCAGAAAAUCAUAUGUAUCCCCCUGCUUGCAAAUUUAUUCAGGCCUUUUGUUUUUCCUCUUUGAGGGAAUGGAUUUAACUGAGCCGCCGUGGCAUGUCGGUGAUUUUCGUGUUCUUUUCUAUGCCUACAGACUCUUUGUAAAAUUUAUGGGCACUUCGUUGCUUUUUACCGUCUCCUCCAUCUUUUUAAUGACAGAAUACUUUGGUCUUAUGGAUAUUUUGGUUUGCUUUAUGCAAUUUCCCUGUGCCUUGGGUUUAAAUAUAGUUUCAUCAUCAAUGUAACACUGUGAUAUUCUUAAAGUUUGGCAAAAACGGGAUGGAAACUAGGCAGUACGGUGGUGUAGACAGCAAGAAGGUCCUGGGUUUGAGCCCAGUGGCUGGCAUGGGGCUUUCUGUGUGGAGUUUGCAUGUUCUUGCUGUGUCUGUGUGGGUUUCCUCCGGGUGCUCCGGUUUCCCCCACAGUCCAAAGACAUGCAGGUUAGGCUAAUUAGUGGCUCUAAAUUGAUAGGUGUGAAUGUGAAUGGUUGUUUGUCUCUGUGUGUCAGACCUGCAAUGACCUGGCGACUUGUCCAGGGUGUACCCCGCCUUUCGCCCAUAGUCAGCUGGGAUGGGCUCCAGCUUGCCUGUGACCCUAUAGAACAGGAUAAGCGGCUACAGAUAAUGGAUGAAUGGGACAGAAACUACUUCUUUUUGAAAAUGCGAGUCCGUUAAUCUUUUCUUCCUGUUUGUUCCUUCGCCCGCGACUGAGUAAGCAGGAUAAGGUAUUGUCAUAAGUGCGGUUUGUUUUUGUUUGUUUGUGUGUCUGUCAACAAUCUAGCUUCUAGACGGUUGCACUGAUUGACUUCAAAUUUUCAGGGUAGGUGGGCAAUGGGGGCAGCAUGGUGGUGUAGUGGUUAGCACUGUCGCCUCACAGCAAGAAGGUCCUGGGUUCAAGCCCAGUGGCUGACGAGGGCCUUUCUGCGUGGAGUUUGCGUGCUCUCCCCAUGUCUGUGUGGGUUUCCUCCGGGUGCUCCGGUUUCCCCCACAGUCCAAAGACAUGCAGGUUAGGUUAAUUGGUGGCUCUAAAUUGACCGUAGGUGUGAAUGUGAGUGUAAAUGGUUGUUUGUGUCUAUGUGUCAGCCCUGCAAUGACCUGGCGACUUGUCCAGAGUGUACCCUGCCUCUUGCCCAUAGUCAGCUGGGAUAGGCUCCAGCUUGCCUGCGACCCUGUAGGACAGGAUAAGCAGCUACAGAUAAUGGAUGGAUGGAUGGAGGGUGGGCAAUGGUCCGUAGAUUAUCUGAUUAAAUUUUGGGGGGUAAUGGGGUCAAGGUAAAGGUCAACCUCGUCUCGUCUUCAUCCGCUUAUCCGGGGCCAGGUCGCGGAGGCAGCAGUCUCAGCAUGGAAGCCCAAACUUCCCUCUCCCCAGACACCUCGGCCAGCUUCUCGGGAAGAACACCGAGGUGUUCCCAGGCCGGCCGAGAGACAUAGUCCCUCCAGCAUGUCCUGGGUCUUCCCCGGGGCCUCCUCCCGGGGGGACAUGCCUGGAACACCUCCCCAGGGAGGCAUCCAGGAGGCAUCCGAAAGAGAUGCCCGAGCCACCUCAGCUGAUUCCUCUCGAUGUGGAGGAGCAGCGGCUCUACUCCGAGCUCCUCCCGAGUGACUGUGCUUCUCACCCCAUCUCUAAGGGAGCGCCCAGCCACCCUGCGAAGGAAACUCAUUUCGGCCGCUUGUAUCCAUGAUCUUGUUCUUUCGGUCAUUACCCAAAGCUCAUGACCAUAGGUGAGAGUCAGAACGUAGAUCGACCGGUAAAUCGAGAGCUUCGCCUUUUGACUCAGCUCCUUCACCAUGACGGACCGGUAAAGCGACCGCAUCACUGCGGAGGCCGCACUGAUCCGCCUGUCGAUCUCGCGCUCUAUCCUUCCCUCACUCGUGAACAAGAUCCCGAGAUACUUAAACUUCUCCACUUGAGGCAGGACUUCUCCACCAACCUGGAGAGGGCAAGCCACCCUUUUCCGGUCGAGAACCAUGGCCUCUGACUUGGAGGUGCUGAUUCUCAUCCCAGCCGCUUCACACUCGACUGCAAACCGCCCCAGUGCAUGCUGAAGGUCCUGGUUUGAAGAAGCCAACAGGACAACAUCAUCUGCGAAAAGCAGAGAUGAAAUCCUGUGGUUCCCAAACAGGAUUCCUUCCGGCCGCUUGUAACUUUAUAACUUUGUAGUAUCGGAAGAUAAUCGGCAGAUAAAAGGAUAAAUGAAAUUCACCUUGUGGUUCGCUAAGGCUACUGAUUCGAUAUCAAGUAAGUGGUGUUUAUUUUAAGAAAAUUUACCUUUUGAUUAUCACAGCUUUUGUUUGGUCCUUCUAAAAGGUCAAAUGAAAGGUUUUGUAAAUGUUUUUGGCAGAUAUAUUGAAAAGCCGAUAUCAAACGUCUGCUAUUUGCUUUAAUUUUUAAAUUUUAUUUUAGAACCUUUACACUACACUUGUGAAACAGAAUGUGCUCAUUAGUAUUAAAUAAUGCUUCUAAGACAAUUCAUGAACAAGUGCUUUCUUACUAUUUUGAAAAUAUAGUUCACAGCACUGUAUUUUGAACAAAUCACAGUAAACAAAAUUGGUAACCAAAAUACUACAAGCCCUGAUGCUGCUCACAGCUUGGUGAUCCUUGCAAGAGGUGAGGUGAGUCUCAUCUCAUCUCAUUAUCCCUAGCCACUUAACCUGUUUUACAGGGUCGCAGGCAAGCUGGAGCCCAUCCCAGCUGACUACGGGCAAAAGGCGGGGUACACCCUGGACAACCUGGACAAGUCAUCACAGGGCUGACACAUAGACUACGUUUACAUGCACAUCCAAAUCGAGCUGCUGUUGGUAAUCGAGCUGAAGGUCCCAGCAGGGUGCCAGAGAAAUCCAAUCCUACAUGCACACAAUGAAAUCUGGCUAUUGUGUGAGGUGCAUUGUGCACCCGAGCCACAGGUGGCGCAACACGCCCCAUCGUGUUGGUACACUUCCGGUUGUCGUCAUAAAGAAGAGCUAUUCAAGAGUGUAAACAAAGUUAUCAGUUCCGUGUUCUCCAUUGUGCGUUUUUCUCACGUCCAUGAAUUUUAAUAUAUUCAACUCCUUAAGCUGAAUGAGCAUGAACUCUGUCUCCUCAUUGCUCCAGAAGUGCACGUUUCUGCUUGCCUGUGGCAGUGGGGGCGUGGUCAAGUGCUGGUCUGUGACAGGAGGGCGGAGCCAGGGAAGGUGAGUGGCAGAAUCACUUCACCUGACGGUAAUUAACCUGUGUUUGUGUGUCUUCCCAGUAACCGCGCCCUAUUUAAGGAGGCAGAGGGAGAGCAGAGGGGACAGCUCAUCCCGGGACUAGAACACAGCGCGUGUGUGUGUGUGUGUUUUUCUCUCAAGAAUAAAAGUAGGCUGUUAAACUGAAAAGUCUGACAAUAAAAGGCCUAUUAGUACCAGAAGCUUUGUCCUGCCGUCCUCUGUGCUCCACCCACACUUCAGAGAGCUCUACAUCGCCAUUUUCUCUUCUUCGUUUGUUCCUCCUGACCUCUUCUGCUGCUCGCUACUACUGUUGUCAUGCCGACCGAGGCUGUUGUGUUUCCCGCUUGUGGUCUCGUCACUUCCGGAAGUAGCUCGACUACUAGCUCGAUAGGGUAUACAUGCACAAAGUAGCUCGGCAGAAAUCGCAUAAACUAGGUCGUGUAGCUCGAUUCCGAGAAAUCAAGUUCUGUUCAAUUUCAGCCGAAUUAAGGUGUAUACAUGGCAUUUUGAACUUCGAUUUCAGUCGAGCAACGGCAGAAAUUCGAUUCUCUCUAUGUGCAUGUAAACGUAGUGAGUGACACAGACAACCAUUCACACUCCCAUUCACACCUACGGUCAAUUUAGAGUCACCAGUUAACCUAACCUGCAUGUCUUUGGACUGUGGGGGAAACCGGAGCACCCGGAGGAAACCCAUGCAGACACGGGGAGAACAUACAAACUCCACACAGAAAGGCCCUUGCCGGCCACGGGGCUCGAACCCGGACCUUCUUGCUGUGAGGCGACAGCGCUAACCACUACACCACCGUGCCACCGAUGAGGUGAGUAUAACUGAUAAAAUGUAUAUAUGCUAUAUUUACUGUAUGGACACGGUAUCAGAAAACAAUUUUAUUUAUAAGCAGUAGCCACAUGUACCCAUAGGGUACCUAUUUAUUUUAUUUUUUAUAAUUUCUGUAAUGUGUAAUCGGUGACUUGUCCGUAUUUUGUCAACCAUCUCAUAUCGAUAAAUAUAAAUUUGUUGUAUGGCUAUUUCGCAUGCUGCUGCUGCUACGAUUUAAUACUUGGCAAAGUAGAAGCUUGUUGUCAGAAGUUUGUAUUCAGAAAUGCUCUACAGGUCAAAAGGAGAACAGCAAACUGUUUCAUGCAAAUUCCAGUCUCCUGGAGGAGAGCACAAACUUUCUGCAGCUAUGGACUUCUUCCAGUCUCUAAAAACCACACAGUUCUCCUCAUGACUGCAAAACAAUGAUGGCAGAUACCAGGACCUUCGCAGAUGUGAGGACCGCAUAUCGUUCAGCCCAAAAAAAUACAGGGAUCGAGGAGAAGGUUGCAUUCUACAACACCUGGUCUGAGAGCUAUGAACAGGAUGCUGCGAUGUUGGACUACCGUGCUCCUUUUUUAGCUGCAGAAUGCAUUGCUUCACACUUCACCAGCGAGAAAGAGAGAGCCAUUAUUCUGGAUGUGGCGUGUGGGACAGGGCUGGUCUCUAGACAUCUGAAGAAAAUGGGGUUUCGUCACUUUGUGGGAGUGGAUGGAAGCGAGGACAUGAUAAAUCUGGCUAAAAAAACAGGCCUUUUUCAGGAGGUUAAGCAGUGCAUGCUGGGUCAGGAUCCCUUGCCUGUGCAAGAUGAGUCAUAUGAUGUUGUAGUAAUUGUGGGAGCUAUGAGUGUUGGGAAUGUACCAGCAAUGGUUUUCAAGCAGCUCUGGCAAGCCACCAAGCUGGGUGGCUUUGUGUGCAUAACUACAAGAGGGAAUGCUGAUAAUUGCCAGUAUAAAACAGAGCUAGAACGUGUGAUUCAGUCAAUGGAGGAAGAAAAGAAAUGCCGUCGUGUAUCGGUCACUGUAGUUGACAAGUGGGAAAAGGCAGUGCAUGAACAUGAGUCUGGGUACAUACCUGGAGUUAUUUAUCUCUGUCAGAGAACUUAGAUUUGGUGGUGGUUGUUGUUUUUUUUUAAUUAAGUUUGAUUUUAUACCACUUUCUCAUCUCAUCUCAUUAUCUCUAGCCACUUUAUCCUGUCCUACAGGGUCGCAGGCAAGCUGGAGCCUAUCCCAGCUGACUACGGGCGAAAGGCGGGGUACACCCUGGACAAGUCGCCAGGUCAUCACAGUGCUGACACAUAGACACAGACAACCAUUCACACUCACAUUCACACCUACGGUCAAUUUAGAGUCACCAGUUAACCUAACCUGCAUGUCUUUGGACUGUGGGGGGAAACCGGAGCACCUGGAGGAAACCCACGCAGACACGGGGAGAACAUGCAAACUCCACACAGAAAGGCCCUCGCUGGCCACGGAGCUCGAACCCAGGACGUUCUUGCUGUGAGGCGACAGCGCUAACCACUACACCCCCGUGCCGCCCCUACCACUUUCUCAUUUUAUCAAUUCUAUAGAAACUUGCAUGGUGGAUGCAGCUGAGAUAAAGUUGUUCCUUCAAGUUUUCCAACACAGUCUUCAAGACAAAGAGCUUUCUGGUUUCUCAUCAACAUGAAAGACAUUUUCAUUAAAUUAGAAAACUGAUAACCAUGAGUCUUAUCUUAAUUCACAAAAGCAACAUUUAAAAAGUAGAAAUGUUUCUUACUUUUGUAGUUAGUUUUAACAACCCAUACAAAAUUGCUUAAAAACAUUUUCACAACAUUUGUUUAUCCUGGUGACUUAUCCAGGGUGUACCCCGCCUCUCGCCCAUAGUCAGCUGGGAUAGGCUCCAGCUUGCCUGCGACCCUGUAGAGCAGGAUAAGCAGCUACAGAUAAUGGAUGGAUGGAUUUGUUUAUCCAUGUAUUGAUCAGACUUUUGAUGGUUUUUCAUAAUUUCUUUUUUUAAUUACAUUUUUUGUUGAACAAUAAAUGUUCAUACAUCUAUAUUGGAGAUGGGAAUAGUUUGACUUUUAAAUAGAUUUCUUUAGAAUAACUGUUAAUGCUGACUUUUGUGUUUUAUUAAGAAUGUCCGUGAUAAACUUUUCUGAUCGCACCAAUAAACACAAAGACUGGAA